AUGCACUCCCACCCAUUACCAGCUAGCGUCCUAGCUACGGCUCUGUCAUGGGGGUUCUCAUCUACCAACAUCAAGUCAGCAAAGCUCACCUUGACGCCUCACCAUCUAUAUUACUUGUUAACCCAGAUUGAAGAGCUUGGAGUCACUGUCGGUCCAUUGACCGUACGGUUGGAAAACAUCCAUACCGAUAGCUCACCCACAAAUUACGUCUCCUUCCUUGGCCAGCAGCACAGAUCUCGAUCACAAAGCGAUGGCGAUUCAGUUCACUCAAUGUCAAGUGUUCGAAGUGUCGUGUCAAGUUUAUCCAGCAUGUGGUCUCUGUUCGCGCCAAACGUCUCGAAGAAUAAUGCCAUGAACGAAAAAGCGCGAACACAAUCAUUAGGAGAUGUCACGUAUCUUUACUCCGCCUUCACGAAGCUACCUUGUCUGAAAUUAGCACCUGACCCUAAUGCGAGACCUAUCAAAGGCUACGAAGAGUUUCCUUUUGACGCUGCGGUUCCACUGACUGCUUUUAAGAAUCUCAGUGCCCUCGAAAUUACAGAUAUUGAUUUUCGCCGGUUUUAUGGGUGGAACAUCCUAGCAGAACAGCUCAAAUCUCUGACAUUGAGACGAGCGUGUGUAGAUGAUCCAGCGGACGCCUUAAUUGCCAUUGUUCUAGAUGAUAUAGACAAACGUCGCCGGAGAUCCUUCAGGACAAAAGCUUCUCCAACGAGUUCGUGGCCGACUAGUCCAACUGCAAAGUCGAUCGAGCAAACACAUGAACAGGUAAGCUCACUUUCCCCCGUCACGGAGGAAAGCAUAAGUCGGAGUCGAAGCGCUCAGAAUAGCUAUACACACCAUCGCAAUACGCACGCGUUGUUUUCUCCACAGCCUGUACAGGUGAGGAGUAUUUUACCUAUGCGGCCUAAGGGUUCGAGCCAAUAUUCCCGUGCUAACGCUCCUCGGAUUCAGAGGUCAGAAUCCGUCACGUCAACAUAUAGGGGGGUCUCGAAGUGUCCAUCAUUCGAUAGCAGCAACAUUGACCUGAUGUCAAUGGAAAUCUUCCCGGCCACGAAAUGGCGGUUUUUAAGACAUCUUUGCCUUGCUGACAAUGCCUUGACCUACUUAGCUGCCUCUAGCCUGGCUCCACUCGAGCAGAACCUAAAGUCUCUGGAUGUAUCGUCGAACCUUUUUACUGAAAUACCAGGAUGUCUAGCAACCCUUACAAAUUUAAAAGCCCUCAACAUAUCCAACUGCAUGAUAGAUUCCCUCUGUAAUUUGACGCGAUGCCCCUUAGAGAGGAUCUCGGCAAUCAACCUUCGUGCCAAUAGACUCGUAUGCCUGGCAGGCAUCGAGGGAUCUAUGGUGUUAGAGCGCCUAGACAUUCGAGAGAACAGGAUACACGACUCGGCCGAGUUUCGACGGCUGGCAGACUUGCCGCACAUGCAGGAGCUCUGGAUCGUGCAGAAUCCGUGCACUCAUAGUCAGAGGAGGUACAGGAUUGAUAUCUUCAAUCUGUUUCGAAUUUCCCAUGGUCUGAGCAAAGAUGUCAUAAUAGACGGUACUGGUCCCACAUACAGCGAGAAACGCCAGCUCAAGGAACACAGUACCCCUAUCCACGGGAUUUCGAGUGAUGGAGAGGCGCCGCCAACAACGUAUGUCGUUACUGCUGGGAACGUUGAUUCAUUGAACGAACACCAAUACCUCUCAAGGAAAUGUCCGCCGCCUCCAACCUAUGGGCCUCUAUCGGAUGUUGUUCUCAAGUCUGGCAAGCAUGGACGUGAUCACAGGAUCGUGGAUCUGUCACGGGCUGAAGGACGCCAAGGCAAAGAAAAGAUCAACAAGUAUGCAGUUACCGUUCACAAUCCUCCACCUCAAACGCUUGCAGGCAAUGAAGAGCCUCCGAGGCUUUCAGCUGUAUAUGCUUAA